GGCUUGUAGUCCGAGGAGGCGGCACUGCGACGGGCCACUCACGCCGCGCGGACUCCCUUCCCCAUGAUGCUUUGCGGGCUGUUGCUAACGGAAGUAGGCCAAGUAACAUGGCGGCGGUUGCGGAGGCGCAGUGAACGUCGAGGAACGUUCCAGAUGGCUGGGGAAACUGUUGAAAAAAGAGAACGAGAUUCUUCACCUGUCAAGGAAGAGCGAAGACGCUCACGUUCACCAGAUAGGGAACGUGACCGAGAGCGCGACAGGAAGAGCUCUCCCAGUGCUAAGGACAGGAAGCGUCAUCGCUCCCGUGAGAGGAGGAGAGGCAGCCGAUCAAGAAGCAGAUCUAGGUCAAAAUCAGCUGAAAGAGACCGGCGGUAUAAAGAGAGGGAGAGAGACAAAGAUCGGGAGCGCAGCAAGAAGGACAGGGAUCGUGAAAAAGAUGGCCACAGAAGGGACAAGGACCGUAAACGAUCGAGGAGCACCUCUCCAAGUCGGAACAAGGACUCCAGAUCUAGGAAGGACAGAGACUCCCGCAGAGAUGAAGAUGAUGAAUCAUUGUCCAAGAAGGAAAAGGCCCAGCCGCUUUCCCUGGAGGAGCUCCUUGCCAAAAAGAAAGCUGAGGAAGAGGCUGAAGCCAAGCCCAAGUUUCUUUCCAAGGCAGAAAGAGAAGCUGUGGCUUUGAAACGCCGGCAGCAGGAAGUGGAGGAGAGGCAGCGGCUGCUGGAAGAUGAGAGGAAAAAAAGGAAGCAUUUCCAAGAGAUGGGGAGGAAAAUGCUGGAGGACCCCCAAGAAAGAGAGAGGCGCGAGCGGCGUGAGCGGAUGGAACGAGAGACCAACGGCAAUGAAGAUGAGGAGGGCCGGCAGAAAAUCAGAGAAGAAAAAGACAAGAGCAAAGAACUGCAUGCCAUCAAGGAGCGAUACUUGGGCGGAGUCAAGAAGCGGAGGCGCACUCGGCAUCUGAAUGACCGCAAAUUUGUCUUUGAAUGGGAUGCCUCCGAGGACACUUCCAUCGACUACAAUCCUCUGUACAAGGAACGGCAUCAGGUCCAGCUCCUGGGACGUGGCUUUAUUGCUGGCAUUGACUUGAAACAGCAGAAGCGAGAGCAGUCCCGUUUCUAUGGAGACUUGAUGGAAAAGCGUCGCACAUUAGAGGAGAAGGAGCAAGAGGAGGCACGUCUGCGGAAGCUGCGUAAAAAAGAAGCCAAGCAACGCUGGGACGAUAGACACUGGUCUCAAAAGAAACUGGAUGAAAUGACAGACAGAGAUUGGCGUAUCUUCCGGGAGGAUUACAGCAUCACCACCAAGGGAGGCAAGAUCCCCAACCCCAUUCGUUCCUGGAAAGACUCUUCCCUGCCUCCUCACAUCUUGGAAGUUAUUGACAAAUGUGGCUAUAAGGAACCGACUCCUAUCCAGCGUCAAGCCAUCCCUAUUGGUCUACAGAACCGUGACAUUAUUGGUGUGGCAGAGACUGGCAGCGGUAAAACUGCUGCCUUCCUUAUCCCAUUGCUGGUCUGGAUCACCACCUUGCCCAAGAUUGACAGGAUUGAGGAGUCUGACCAAGGCCCCUAUGCCAUCAUCCUGGCCCCUACCCGUGAGUUGGCCCAGCAGAUUGAAGAAGAGACUAUUAAGUUUGGAAAGCCCCUGGGCAUCCGCACUGUGGCUGUUAUUGGUGGCAUUUCCCGUGAAGACCAAGGCUUCCGCCUGCGCAUGGGUUGCGAGAUUGUGAUUGCUACUCCUGGUCGUUUGAUUGAUGUCCUGGAGAAUCGUUACCUGGUGCUGAGCCGCUGCACCUAUGUGGUCUUGGACGAGGCUGAUCGUAUGAUUGACAUGGGCUUUGAGCCUGAUGUGCAGAAGAUUCUGGAGCAUAUGCCUGUCACAAACCAGAAACCUGAUACUGAUGAGGCCGAAGAUCCUGAUAAAAUGAUGGCCAACUUUGAGUCUGGCAAACACAAAUACCGGCAGACAGUGAUGUUCACAGCCACCAUGCCACCUGCUGUAGAGCGCCUGGCCCGUAGCUACUUACGCCGUCCAGCUGUGGUUUACAUUGGCUCGGCUGGCAAGCCCCAUGAACGUGUUGAGCAGAAGGUCUUCCUCAUGUCUGAAUCAGAGAAGAGGAAGAAACUGCUGGCCAUUUUGGAACAGGGCUUUGAUCCACCCAUUAUUAUUUUUGUCAACCAAAAGAAAGGCUGUGAUGUGUUGGCGAAAUCCCUGGAGAAGAUGGGUUAUAAUGCCUGUACUCUUCAUGGUGGCAAAGGUCAGGAACAGCGAGAAUUUGCCCUCUCCAACUUGAAGGCUGGUGCCAAGGACAUUCUAGUAGCUACAGAUGUUGCUGGGCGUGGUAUUGAUAUCCAGGAUGUCUCUAUGGUAGUAAACUAUGACAUGGCAAAGAACAUAGAAGAUUAUAUUCACCGCAUUGGUCGGACAGGACGAGCAGGCAAAAGUGGCGUGGCCAUUUCUUUUGUCACCAAAGAGGACUCUGCUGUCUUCUAUGACCUUAAGCAGGCUAUCCUUGAGAGUCCCGUCUCUUCAUGCCCACCGGAGCUGGCCAACCACCCCGAUGCCCAGCACAAGCCAGGAACCAUCCUCACAAAGAAGCGGCGAGAAGAAACUAUCUUUGCCUGAGCCCCACAGAGGGACUGCUUAAUAUGCACCCCUCACUCCGACUGUAGCCUGGCCUGGGCCAAGACUCUCUAAUCGGAAAAACCUUUAAAGAAAGUGUAAGGUGAUCCUCCCAGCCUCAGGUGCUUUCUCUUUAAUGAGGGCAGUGGGGUUUUCUUUCUUUUUUGCCCAUUCAGAUGUAGGUGCACACCCUCUUGCUGCAGAAUUCAGGACCAAACAAUGGGGACUUCAGCCCAAACAAGAUAAAACCCCAUCUUGGAAAUCCUGAUCUAGACAAAUCUGCUUACUUUGUUUUUAUCACAUCUAGUGUGUACCUCACUGCAGAAAACUUUGUAUUUAUACUUUGGUAGGGCCAGGUUAAGUGGACCAGCUUUGCUGAUUUAUGAUACUUAGCUGGGUUAAAUCCCCCUUUACCAAGGUUAUAGACGUUCUUUCCUUGAUGGAUGUCUUCCGCCCUCUACUCCAUGAUCAGGCAAGAGUGGGGCAUGACCAGUGGCAGAUGGAGGGCUGCAGGCUCUCUUCCUCAGGAGAGAACUUGCCUCCCUCUGCCUGCUUUAUCCCUAGGCUGUCACUGCCCUUGUCCCAGCAAUAGAAAGAGGUGGAUGAUGUACAGAAAAACUGCUAUUUUUUCAGUGAUUUUGUGUAUGUUACUAUAAAUCAAUGUGAAAUGUU